AUGAAAAAAAGAAAAGAAAAAAGACCAAGAAAAUAAGAAAGACCCGAUUCUAAAAUCUUACAAAACCACACACACGACAACCCUAGUCCACGAAGGAAAAAGCAACGAGCCAACGUAGGAUUCCCGCGCACCACAGAAAACAGAAGCUCGCGACGUGUACAUCAUCUCCCCACCCGUUGCCCUUGACAUUCUCCCUCGACAAUAUCUAGCGCACUGAACCAUUUAUAUAUCCACGUUAUCCCUCCCUCCAGCCCUGCGCUGAUUGCUGUGGCCGCAAGACUGAAGAACGUCGACUUCUCGUCCGCUGCUAGAGAAGAUUCAAAGAUGGCAGCGGCGUCCCUAGUCGGGGACGAGAACGGUCCGCGCCGCCCCGUCCCUGCAUGUGCGCGUCCGCCGGCAAGCAAGACCGCCGCAUCGUGCGAGGAGUCUCCUCCUCCGUCUCCGAGACCGCUAGAGCGUCCACAAACGCUGUGGCUUUUGGAGCAUUAUGCUAAUAUUGGGGAGGCCAAAGCCGGCUCGGCACAGGCACAGGCACAGCCUCAGCCUCAGCCGCAGCCGCAGCCUCAGCAGGACAGCACGUGCAGCGGGCGCGAGAAGCUGAAGAGGCACCGAGAUGAGGUCGCGGGUCGAGUCCCCAUACCCGACUCGUGGGGUCAAGAGAGCUUCUUGAAGGAUUGGAUGGAUUACUCGGCGUUCGACACGUUGUUGGCGCCGAGGGGGAUCGCCUCGGCCCGUGAGGCGUUGAUGGCCGAGGGGCGGCGGCGGCGGGGGGCGGCGCCUCAGCAUCAGAGGCUGAGAAUAGAGGGCAGGUGCUGAGGUGCUGAUGAUGAGGAGAGAGAGAUCUUGUUUGUUCAUAGAAAUCUUCGCAUGGACCUCGACUGAAUCGUGCCGGCGUUAAACUUUAGUGAACUACAUAUUUUGUUUUUGUCUUUCUUCUUCCUUCUAUUGUAAUAAACGCUGUGAUUGCUGGCAAUUUGCUUUCUUGAAGAAUUUAAGGACAUGAGUUGAUGCCAAUUUCUGGGAUUUUUUUA